AUGAUGAGCCGCCGCUCCGAAAGGACGCCCCUCCUCCAGACCGUCCGUGUCGGCCCUCACCGGAACCGCUAUCCGCACAACACCCGCCGCCGCUUCUGCACCAUCGCCUGCGCCUCGCUGCUCAUCUGCGGCUUCGUUUCCUUCCUCACCCACGUCUUCUUCAUCUGGCCUCAUCACCAUCAUCACGCGCCCCAUAGCCGCUAUUCCCUCUCGGGACGCGGCGGCAACAAAGUCAGCCACGAAAGGCUCCGCGACAUCCUGCUUGCCACUCCCUCGGCAGAGCACGCAAAGGAAUGGAGUCGCUACUACACCUCGGGCCCGCACCUGGCUGGCAAGAACUAUUCGCAGGCCGAGUGGACCAUGAAUAAGUGGCAGGGCUGGGGCAUCCAGUCUAGCAUCGUCCCCUACGACGUCUACAUCAACUAUCCCGUCGACCACAGCCUUUCCUUGCUCAAGCAGUCUGACAAGUCCGAUUCCUGGGACCUUGCCUUUGAGGCUUCCCUGGCGGAAGACGUCUUGGAAGAGGAUCCGACCACGGCUCUCGACACCGCCAUCCCCACUUUCCACGGCUACUCGGCCAGCGGAAAUGCCACGGCCCCCUUUGUCUACGUGAAUUACGGCACCUAUAGCGACUUUGAAGACCUGGUUAGCGCCGGCGUCGACCUCAAGGGCAAGAUUGCCGUUGCCCGGUAUGGUCGUGUUUUUCGCGGCCUCAAGGUCAAGCGCGCCCACGAAAUGGGCAUGGUGGCCGUUCUCAUCUACAGCGACCCCGGCGAGGAUGGCGACAUGACCGACGAGGGCGGAUAUGACUACUACCCCAAGGGCCCCGCCCGGAAUCCAAGCAGCGUGCAGCGUGGGAGCGUUCAAUACCUUAGCGUGCGCCCCGGUGAUCCAACCACCCCUGGCUAUCCUUCCAAGCCGGGCGCUCCUCGUGCACCGCCGCAUGAUUCGACGCCCCCCAUUCCCUCCAUCCCCAUCUCCUAUGCCGACGCCAUCCCUAUCCUCAAAGCUCUCAAUGGCCACGGACUCCAGGCGGCUGAGCUGGGCGCGAGCUGGUCAAGGAAUCUCGUCCUCAAUCUGACCAACGAGCAGAGCUACACGACGACUCCCCUGUGGGACGUCAUUGGCGUCGUCAACGGCACCAUUCCAAACGAGGUCAUUGUUGUCGGCAAUCAUCGAGAUGCGUGGAUUGCUGGCGGAGCCGCCGACCCAAACAGCGGCUCGGCCAUCCUCAACGAAGUUAUUCGAGGCGUCGGCAAGGCCCUCGAGGCUGGCUGGAAGCCACUGCGCACCAUUGUCUUUGCCAGCUGGGACGGCGAGGAGUACGGCCUCAUUGGCAGCACCGAAUGGGUCGAAGAGUACAUCCCCUGGCUCUCCGAGGCCAACGUCGCCUACAUCAACGUCGACGUCGGCGCCGCCGGGCCCGUCUUCAAGACCGCUGCGGCGCCGCUGCUUCACCAAGUCCUCCGAGACGCCACAAACCUGGUCCCGUCUCCCAACCAGACGACGCCGGGCCAGACCGUCGGAGACGUGUGGGACGGCAGAAUCAGAACCAUGGGCAGCGGCAGCGACUUCACCGCGUUCCAGGACUAUGCCGGCGUUCCCUGCAUCGACAUGAGCUUCAAGCCCGGGCGCGCCGACCCCGUCUACCACUACCACAGCAACUACGACAGCUUCCACUGGAUGGAGGAGUACGGCGAUCCUGGCUUCAAGUACCACGUGGCCAUGGCCAAGGUGCUCGGAAUGCUCGUCGCCGAGCUCAGCAACACAAUCGUCAUUCCCUUUAACGCCACCGAGUACGCCCGUGCCUUGGACAGCUACCUCGACAUGGUCCAAGAUAAGCUCCACCCCGGCAAGGAGUCUGACUCCCGGGCGCGCUCGUCCAGCGAAGUCAAGGGCAGCGCCGACGCCUUUGAAGAGAGCCUCAAGACCCUGCGCGAGUCCCUCGCCGGGCUGCGCGUCAAGGCCAGCGAGCUCGACGGGCGCGCCGCCUGGGCGAACCGCAAGCUCGAGGACGGCCUUCCCUGGUGGAACAUCAUUGCCAAGAUCAAGCUGUGGAUCACCAUUGCCAACGUCAACACGCAGUUCAAGCACAUGGAGCGCCACUUUCUCUUCGAGGGCGGGCUCGACAACCGAAGCUGGUAUAAGCACGUCGUGUUCGCGCCCGGUCUGUGGACGGGCUAUUCGGGAGACGUGUACCCGGGCCUGAUGGAGAGCAUCGCGGCCAAGGACUACACCAACGGCCUCAAGUGGGCCGGCAUCAUUGACCGAUGCGUGGCCCGGGCUACUCGUGGGAUACAAUAG